AUGUGGUUUAUAAUUCUUAGUUUAGUUUUAAUAGUACCAAAUGCUUUGAGUGAAUUUCGUUUCGACAAUUAUGCUCUUUACAAAAUUAUAUUGAAAGAUGUGGAUCAAGUAAAUUUUCUUAAAAGUUUACGAGAUAGUGACGCAAGAUUCGAUUUCUGGAACGACCCUGUCGCUCUGUCUAGCUAUGUGAACGUUCUGACAAGCCCCAAAGACAGGAAUGAAUUUGAAAAUAUUUUGAAAUCUAAAGACGUGGAAUUUGAAAUCAGUACAGAAAAUAUACAAGAUGCGAUAGACAGGGAGGUGAUAAAGACAUAUACAAGAGGCAAUAUAAAAAGUAUGACAUGGGAUGGCUACUACAAUCUGUCUUCUAUCAACGCUUGGAUUGAUGAUUUAGCUGCAACUUACCCUGAAGUAGUCGAAGUCAUUACUGGUGGAACAACGUAUGAAGAUCGAGCAAUCAAAGGUCUUAAAAUAUCUCAUGGCGAAGGGAGAAGAGCGAUCUUUUUGGAAGGUGGUAUUCACUCCAGGGAAUGGAUCUCACCAGCUACAGUCACCUAUAUUACUAAUGAGCUGCUGACGAAUGAUAAUGAAGAUAUAAAAGCUGCUGCACAGGGUUUUGAUUGGUAUAUCUUCCCAGUUACGAAUCCUGAUGGCUAUAUUUGGAGUUUUGAAAACGCCAGAAUGUGGCGCAAGAAUAGACGUCCUGUUGGUGAACAUGUUGGCGUUGAUUUGAACAGAAAUUGGGAUAACAACUGGAUGGUUGUAGGUGCAAGCUCAAAUCCUGCUCGAGACGAUUAUGCGGGUACAGCACCUUUCUCAGAACCGGAGACGAAAUCUUUGUCUGAAUUCUUAGCGUCGAUUGGUGAUAAAAUUGACAUGUACCUGUCCUUCCAUUCGUAUGGUCAGAUGCUGUUGAUACCAUUUGGAAAUACCACCGCACCGCUAGCAAACUAUCAUGAUGCUAGGAAUAUCGGCGCCCGUGGCAUGGGAGCGUUAUCGGUUAAAUAUGGCACCCUGUACAGGACAGGAACCAUUGCUGAAACCAUUUGUAAGUAG